AUGUUUUAUAGUUUUUCUAAAAUUUUAAUAUUUUUUGCUUUUGUGCAUCAAAUUAAUGCGGAAUAUUAUUCCUCUGUGGUGGGUUUAGAGAACCUUCUAAACAUGGAAGAGAAUUUUAUCACUGCAGUGGAAAAUUAUAUCAGUGAGGUGCAAAAAGUUCAAAAGAAAAUUGAGAGUUUUCUGGACGAAACCCAAUUGGAACAUAAGAAAAUUAAUAAAAGUGAAAAUUACUAUGGCGAGCCCAUAAAUGCUUUUAGUCUCAUAAAGAGACUGGUGGUGGACUGGAAGCAUUACAAUGAACUCAUAGCCAUGGAACCGGAAUUUAAUGAAUUCAAUAACAACAUAACAAAGUUGGAAUCGAACUACACUAAAGCUACAGAUAAAGAUUUGGAAGGAGCAGCCCGUGGCUUGUCACGUUUACAAAGCAUGUAUCAAUUAGAUACCAAUGAAAUAGCCAAGGGUUAUCUACUCAAUGACAAAUACAGUGAAGAUUUGACAGCCCAUGAUUGUUAUAUUAUGGCGGUCGGUCUAUAUAAUUCCAGUGAGUUUUUGCCAGCCAGUGAAUGGUUUCUAGAGGCUCUACAGCAAUUGGAUGAUGUACUUAGGGAAGGUGAAGUGGAUCCCAUGGACAGUUUUCCGUUUAUAUCGUAUGUGGAUAUAUUGGAAUAUUUACAUGUUGCCUUAUUUUAUGCUGGCAAUUUCAAAUUGGCUAGAUAUAUGAAUCAACAGCUAUUACACUAUGAUCCAGAAAAUCGAAUUGGUUUGUCCAAUAAGGAAUUAUUUGAAAAGGCGGUGAUAGAAGAAAGGCGGCAAAGGUCAAUCAAAACACAACCAAAGAAAUCUGAACUAAAUACUUUAUACACUCAAGUAUGUAGCGGGGAAUUGACACAAACCGAUGCUGAAAUGCGCCAUUUACGCUGUCGCUAUGUUACCAACAAUGUGCCCUACUAUUUUAUAGGACCCUUUAAAAUGGAAGAACUUAAUCAUGAACCCUUCGUGGCAUUCUAUCAUCAAACUAUAUAUGACACAGAAAUCGAACAGAUUAAGAAAGCAGUUGAUACUAAAGUGGUGAGAUCGAAAAUUGGAAAUCAUCAGUAUUCGGAAAAACGCACGAGUAAACAGUCAUGGCUGUAUUGGGAAAAACAUGAGUUUUUGAAAAAAUUGUAUCAACGAUUAGAGGAUAUAACCGGUUUGAAUAUGGACACAUCAGAGGCAAUGCAAGUGGCAAAUUAUGGUAUUGGCGGUCAUUAUGGGCCACAUUAUGAUUUUUCAGAGGAUCCCAAAACUCUGUUUGGUAAAGAUGAAAAUCGUAUAUUAACGGCCAUGUUUUAUAUCAAUGAUGUUGAAUUGGGUGGUGCUACCGCUUUUCCUUUUCUACAUUUAGCUGUGCCUCCCAUCAAACACAGUCUGGUGUUGUGGUACAAUCUGCAUGAGUCCACCGAACUUGAUUACCGUACCAGACAUGCUGGCUGUCCGGUCUUAAAGGGUUCAAAAUGGAUUUGCAAUGAAUGGUUCCGCGAUGUGGGUCAGGAACUCAAACGUUCUUGUGGCCUUCAACCGGUGGGCGACAAAUACAAACAUUUAUAUUAUAUAGCUUAG